GUCUUUGUCCCUCCUCUUAACAUACUUGCAGCUAAAACUAAAUAUUGCUGCUUAGGGACCUACUUCUAGCCUUAAAUUUCAGCUCAUCAUCUUCAGCUGCCUUGGUCAUGGCUCUGCUAUUCUCCUUGAUCCUUGCCAUUUGCACCAGACCUGGAUUCCUAGAGUCUCCAUCUGGAGUGCGGCUGGUGGGGGGCCCCCACCGCUGUGAAGGGCGGGUGGAGGUGGAACAGAAAGGCCAGUGGGGCACCGUGUGUGAUGACGAGUGGGACAUUAAGGACGUGGCUGUGGUGUGCUGGGAGCUGGGCUGUGGAGCUGCCUACGGAACCCCCAGUGGUAUUUUGUAUGAGCCACCAGCAGAAAAAGAGCAAAAGGUCCUCAUCCAAUCAGUCAAUUGCACAGGAACAGAAGAUACAUUGGCUCAAUGUGAGCAAGAAGAAGUUUAUGAUUGUUCACAUGAUGAAGAUGCUGGGGCAUCAUGUGAGAACCCAGAGAGCUCUUUCUCCCCAGUCCCAGAGGGCAUCAGGCUGGCUGAUGGCCCUGGGCAUUGCAAGGGACGCGUGGAAGUGAAGCACCAGAACCAGUGGUAUAUCGUGUGCCAGACAGGCUGGAGGCUCCGGGCCGCAAAAGUGGUGUGCCGGCAGCUGGGAUGUGGGAGGGCUGUACUGACUCAAAAACGCUGCAACAAGCAUGGAUAUGGCCAAAAACCCAUCUGGCUGAGCCAGAUGUCAUGCUCAGGACGGGAAGCAACCCUUCAGGAUUGCCCUUCUGGGCCUUGGGGGAAGAACACUUGCAACCAUGAUGAAGACACAUGGGUCGAAUGUGAAGAUCCCUUUGACUUGAGACUAGUAGGAGGAGACAAGCUCUGCUCUGGGCGACUGGAGGUGCUGCACAAGGGCGUAUGGGGCUCUGUCUGUGAUGAUAAUUGGGGAGAAAAGGAGGACCAGGUGGUAUGCAAGCAACUGGGCUGUGGGAAGUCCCUCUCUCCCUCCUUCAAAGACCGGAAAAGCUAUGGCCCUGGGGUUGGCCGCAUCUGGCUGGAUAAUGUUCGUUGCUCAGGGGAGGAGCAGUCCCUGGAGCAGUGCCAGCACAGAUUUUGGGGGUUUCACGACUGCACCCACCAGGAAGAUGUGGCUGUCAUCUGCUCAGUGUAGGUGGGCAUCAUCUAAUCUGCUGAGUGCCUGAAUAGAAGAAAAACACAAAAGAAGCGAGCAUUUACUGUCUACAUGACUGCAUGAGAUGAACAUUGAUCUUCUUCUGCCCUUGGACUGGGACUUAUACUUGGUGCCCCUGAUUCUCAGGCCUUCAGAGUUGUAUCAGAACUUACAAUAUCAGGUCUAGUUCUCAGGCCAUCAGACAUAGUCUGGAACUACACCACCACCUUUCCUGUGUCUCCACAUUGCACAAAGCAGAUUCCCAGCCUCCAUAAUUGUGUGUACCAACUACUUAAAUACAUUAUAACACACACACACACACACACACACACACCAUUUGUUCUGUUUCUCUGAAGAACUCUGACAAAAUACAGAUUUUGGUACUGAAAGAGAUUCUAGAGGAACGGAAUUUUAAGGAUAAAUUUUCUGAAUUGGUUAUGGGGUUUCUGAAAUUGGCUCUAUAAUCUGAUUAGAUAUAAAAUGCUGGUAACUUUAUUUACAAUAAUAAAGAUAGCACUGUGUGUUCAUGG